AUGGCUCGAACCAAAGUUACUGCAAAACUCAAAAAAUCAUACCAAGAACUAGAAGAGAACCAAGAUGUCUACUCAAGCAUUGAGUCGGAUUAUCAUGAGGAAACCCAAUCUGAAGCAACUUCCAUGAACAUCAUCUCUUCAUCCCAACCAUCCAAAAACUCUUCUCCUUCUAUUACUCCAAAAAUCUCCAAAAACUCAUCCUCCUCAGCUCCCUCCAGGCACUCCUCCAGAAUCAUGUCUGGAGUCGUUUCAUCCAACAAGGAACCUCCUCAGGACAAUACUAUCCAUGUCAUCAAUUCUGAUGAUUCAGAGACCACUCUCCCUGUUGAACCAGCACAACAACCUUCUCCUGCAAAAUCAAACUCCAAAACUCCAACUCCUAAAAAGGGCAAACCUUCUUCACCAAAACCCCUUUCAUCAUCCACAAAAAAUUCUGAAAUCACUUCACUGUUUAAUUCGGCCGAAUUAGAGACUGUCUAUACCUCAAAAUGGCAAAGCAAGUCAGUGGUCAAUGGUAAAAUCAUUGACCUUGUUGAUAUCAAACAAGGAAGGUUCAAUGUGGAAGAAAUGUUUGAACAGCUCGUUUGGACCUCUUUUUUCAAAAUCAAUGAACCACAGUACCCUCGUCUAGUAAGGGCUUUUUACGCUGCUUCAAAAGGAUCAAAAGGAAUGACCAAUUUCAGUAUGGUGCUAGAAGGGGUUCAUAUGGAAAUUAAUCCCACCACACUAUGUCAAAUACUUGAUAUACGUGAUGAAGGAGCUCACUGCUUUUCUGAGACAUGGUACUCACAAUCCUCCAACCUCGUCCCCUUGUGUCGUAUCCUUCACAAUAUCUGUGUUCACUCCAUCACUCCCCGGGCUGGCAGUUUUGAGAAAGUCACGGACCUUGACCUCAUGAUUAUUCAUCACUUGAUUACUGGUACUCCUCUUCAUUUGGGUCAUGUUAUUUUCACCUUCAUGCGGAAUGCUGUUGUAAUGGGACGAUCUGCUCCCUAUGGGAUGAUUUUGACAAAAAUCUUCAAAUUUUUCAAAAUCCCACUUGAGGAUGAACAUUCCAUCCACUUCAACAACACUUUUUCUAUGAAGAACAUCAAACAGAUGAAGAUUCAAAAUGAUGACCGUCCUGCCUCCAAGAAAAGGAAAACUCGUCCUUCCUCCUCUGUUUCUCAAAAAUCUGAAGCUGAAACCACUCAACCUCCACAUGAGGAUACACCAUCACCACUAAUUCUAGAACCAACCUCUCCGCUGCGUAACUCUCCUGAUACUACUCAUUCUCCUAACUCACUUGUCCCCACAAUAACUCAGUCUUCACCAAUCCACAAACUGAGUCCCCUUCACGAAGCCGAUCCUAUCCCUGAGGAUACCUUAAAAUCAACUACUCUUCAAAAUAUGGAAGACGGUGAGGAGUUAUAG